UCUCCCGGCUGUCAAGAUGGCGGCGCCCAGGAGGCGUAGUUUAUGGAGUUGCUGCGGACACGGGUGGUCGUGGGCCACGCGAUGCUGUAGGGUCCCGGGACUAUGCAGCUCCCGCACUUGGGGCCCUCUGGGUGCGUGGCCCUUAUCCCAGCAGAAGCGAGCAGCGGAAACACACUUCGGGUUCGAGACCGUGCCGGAGGAGGAGAAGGGGGGCAAAGUCUACCAGGUGUUUGAGAAUGUGGCCAAGAAGUAUGAUGUGAUGAAUGAUAUGAUGAGUCUUGGCAUCCAUCGUGUUUGGAAAGAUCUGCUUAUCUGGAAAAUGCACCCGUUGCCUGGGACCCAACUGCUCGAUGUGGCUGGAGGCACAGGUGACAUUGCAUUCCGGUUCCUUAAUUAUGUUCAGGCACAGCACCAGAGAAAGCAGAAAAGACAGUUAAGGGCCCAGCAAAAUUUAUCCUGGGAAGAAAUUGCCAAAAAGUACCAGAAGGAAGAGGAUCCCUUGGGUGGUUCCCUUGUCAUGGUCUGUGACAUCAACAGGGAGAUGCUAAAGGUUGGAAAGCAGAAAGCCAUGGACCAAGGCUACAGAGCUGGACUUUCGUGGGUGCUGGGAGAUGCUGAAGAACUGCCCUUUGAUGACGACAAGUUCGACGUGUACACCAUUGCCUUUGGGAUCCGGAAUGUCACACACAUUGACCAGGCGCUACAGGAAGCCCAUCGGGUCCUAAAGCCAGGAGGACAGUUUCUCUGUCUGGAGUUUAGCCAAGUGGAUAAUCCCUUUGUAUCCAGGUUUUAUGAUCUAUACAGCUUCCAGGUCAUUCCUGUCCUUGGGGAGGUCAUUGCAGGAGACUGGAAGUCCUAUCAGUACCUUGUGGAGAGUAUCCGGAAAUUCCCAAAUCAGGAAGAGUUCAAGGAGAUGAUUGAAGAUGCAGGCUUUCAGAAAGUGACUUAUGAAAGUCUAACUAAAGGGAUUGUAGCCAUUCAUUCUGGCUUCAAAUUUUAACUCCUUUCCUGUCCUGGAGCAUGGACCCAUCAUUUCCUGUUGAAGCCUGGAACUGGAAGAUAAUCUCCCUGAUGAGAUGGUAGCUGACGUCUCCUUAAGGAUAUAAAACUUGGACUCAGGUUCUGAAUCAACCAGUCUCAGAGAGGAAGAAACAAAUUCCCAUUUUUUGCAGCUUUCAUUAGCAGCUGCUCAGGCUGCUUAGGCCUUCUCCCAGAAGUGUUUGGCCUGAGUUUUUGCUCAACUUCUCUUAGCUGUGCAGUGUGGGAUUUGGGUAAAACCAGCACUGAUGUAUAGUUUUGAAUCCUAUUUGUGGCUUCUCUAGCAGGACUGCCUUCCAGAGGGAUAAUGAAUCAUUUCAACCCCAUGUGACUAGAACCAGAAAAUAGUUGAACUUAACCUAAUCAACCUUUCAGACUAGAACUGAGUUGAGGGCCCAAAGCCAAGGUCCAAGUCAGAGGACUGACAAUAUUAGAAAUAGGGGCUGAGGGUGUAGCUCAGCAGUAGAGCACAUGCUUACAUACUUGAGGCCCUGAAUUUAACCCUCAACACCAUAAAACAAAACAAAACAAAAACCCAACAAGACCACUAGAAUUUGUAUGCUGAACCAGUAAAUGAGUUUAGUUUGGGUGGUAUUUAUUACUGUUUUUUUAAAAUUAAUUUUAUGUGUGUGAAUGUUUUGCAUGCAUGUAUGUAAGUGCACCCUUGUACAAUGGCUAGAGGUCAAAAGAGGACACUGGAUCCUCUGGAACUGGAAUUAUGGAUGAUUGUUGGACACCAUGUGGGUGCUCGGAACUGAACCUGGGUCCUCUGCCAGUGCUCUUGACCCCUGAGCCAUCUCAAUAGCCCUAUUACUGUUUUCUUGAAGUAAUGCAUGUUUGUAUCACUGUCAGCCUUCUUCACCAAA